AUGGCGGGUCUUGGCCAUACGAUCGCCGUAUUUGACAAAUCAGGAAAAGUCGUCAGCACAAGUAAACAUUUAUUCGGCGUUUUCAGUGAAGCUAAAGCUGCCUACCGCGAGCGCAAAUCACAGCUCAAUACAGAGCGCAAUGCCAAGAUUGCUGAGCAGCAAGCCCUCAGGGGUCCAGCCACACUACAGAUCGACGAUGCGCAUUCCGUAGCAGGAUCCCGUCGAAGUCACGGCGCGGUAUCCCGACAUCAAUCAACCCGUCGUCUGCGCGGAGAUGAUGCACAGUCAACCAUCUCUCGUUCCAGAUCUCAUGGAGGUUCCGAGGUUCAUCGUCGUCAUACACAGCGGGAAGUGGCUGUUCGCCCGAAACCGACGCACUCGCAGUCUGACGCUCAUAUUGAUAUGGACCUCGCGUACGGGGAAGCUCAUCCAGAUGCCUUAUUGAAAUACGAAGAAAAUGGCGAUAAUCAAAAACAACUUGAUGGCCUCGUCGGCCGCGCUCAGUGGCUGCUGCAAGAGGCGAAAUGCGUUCAGCAUGGUGCUACUGCGACUAUUGCACAUUUGCAGAAAAACCCUGAAGCCAUGGCCGCUGUCGCUCUCACUCUUGCGGAGAUUAGUAAAAUUGCUAGUAAAAUGGCGCCAAGUGCUUUGAUGUCGUUCAAGACGGCUGCUCCGGCCAUCUUUGCUUUGCUCUCUAGUCCCCAGUUCCUUAUCGCUGCUGGUGUCGGGAUCGGGGCUACGGUCGUCAUGUUCGGUGGAUACAAGAUUAUCAAGAAGAUCAAGGGUGAUAGUGGAGAUGCCCCCGAAAUACAAGCCCGUCAAUUCGAACCCUCAGAUAUGGAAGAACUAAUGGAGCUCAACGUGGGCUCGGGUUCUCUGAGUCGCGUCGAGAUGUGGAGACGGGGUGUCGCGGACAUUGAAGCUAACAGCAUCGGCACAUCUGUCGAAGGUGAAUUCAUCACGGAGAGGGCUGCUGCCUUGUCUGGAAUCGAUGUUACCACUGCUCGCUUGGAGAGGGAUCCUAGAUUCAAGUUUGAUGACGACUCGGUUGCGUCUUCUCGUCGUUCUCGUCGCUCGAGGGCUCACGGAAACUCCCAUGCCCCGUCGACUAAGGCUCCGUCAACCAAGGGCUCUAGAUUUUUCAGCAAGUCAAAGGCUCCAUCUGAGGCUCCGACAAAGUCUCACAGGGAUACCACCAGAUCUCGCGGUAGAUCUCAUAGUAGAGCACCCAGUGAAGCACCCAGUCGAGCCUCGAGCCGAUCAAAGACAGACACUCAUGUCACUGAGAAAGAAAGACGACCAAGGGACAGACCCAAGGAGAAGAAAAAGGGCCCAAGUCUUUUGCGACUUAUGUUCACAGCUGCCUGA